AGCUGAAGUGCUUUUUAGUUGUUUGAGAGCUGCAUAGAAGAACGGUUGUUUAUUUUAUGCCAGUUUGACAUACGUUAGCCGAAGCAUAGUAAAACGGUGUCCAAGUGUGUGCGUGUGCGAAAUUUUAUUCUGAACAUUGCUUUAAGUUUGUUUAAAAGAAAAAUAACUUAAUUGUAAGUUUUAAGCAAAAAAAUCUGCAAAAAAUAAUAGUAAUAACAUUUUGUUCAGAAAAAUUGUGCAUUUGCAUGUCUUUUGUGUCCGGGAGUAAGCUGGUGUGUGUGUGGUGAACAACGCUUCGUCAACCAAUAGCGGGUAUAUCCGUUGCAUCCAACAACCAAGAGCAUUUCAUGAAUCAGCUAUAAUCAUUUCAAGAAACGAUCAACGGGUGGUCAACAAAAUCGUGUGCCAGCUUUGACGUCUGACCGCAGACGGCGGUAAGCUAAGCAAGAAAUGCAGCUGCUACAAACUGAAAACAACCGAGACAGUCAUGUGGAGAUCCGCAAAGCAUCUUCCAUCAAAGGCACAUACACAGCCACAGGAAUAUUAAGGAUGCCAACGAUGGCGAUGGCUUCAAUAUGCUGGACAUUAAUGGCUGGUAUCAUGCUGGCAUCAUACAUACCUCUUAGCCAGGCCGCAUUUGAUGGUGAUCCCUGUGAAACCAAAGGCAUGACGGGUGUCUGUAAAGCCUGGUUAGAUUGUCCUGUGAUAAAGACCCUCAUUGAACGUGGCGAAUAUUCCAAUCGAGAAGUGGUCAGUUGUGGUUUCGCAGUACGAGAUGAAUUGAUCUGUUGUCCCAUCAUAAGAUCGGAGACAAAGAUAGAUAACAGCACUGACAAACCAAAAGUAGAAACGACAACUUUGGCUAUGGAAGAGACCACAAAAGAAUUUUGGUUGGAUGUCUUAGAGAAACUGAAUGCGACCACCACAACUCAAAAGCCGGAUUUCUGGUUAGAUUUGUUGUCAACAACCACCCCAACAACAACCACUUCAACGACGACUACUAUAAAGCCCUUAGUUAUAGGCGAUAAGCGUCUCAAUGAAAGUUCGGAAUUUUUUGAUUUUUCUCAAUUACUCAAUCAAAAUAAGAAAAAUGAAGACAAAAAGGCUAAGAAUCCUGCAGUACCCAGGGAAAGUAACACUAGAAUGGAUGAGCCCUCAGAUGGUGCAACUGAUGCUUGGAGAGUUCCCAAUAAUCAACCGGUAUUUGUACCACAAACUAACGAUAGAGGACAAAUGAAUGGUCAAGUGAAUUGGGGUCAAGGUCAACCUAAUGGUGGCAGAGGAAAUAACUUUUUUAAUGAACCUGUAAGGAACAAUGGCAUCCAAGGUAAUACAGGACGAGGCCAAGCCAGCUUUUGGCCUAAUCAACGGGAAAGUAAUGGCAGAGGUACUCCAAAUCAGGGCAAUAUUUGGCCUAACCAGCAACAGCAAAACAAUGGCCUAGCAACUCCAAAUCAGGGCAAUAUGGGUGGUGGACCUAUGAAUAUUUGGCCCAACCAACAAGGAAACCAAUUUCAAGGCAAUAUGGGUCGUGGACAAACGAAUAUGUGGCAGCAGCUACCAACUAAUGGCCGAGGAAAUCGUGGAAAUGGGGGACGGGGACCAAACAAUGUUUGGUCUUUGAAUUCCCACAAUGGUAGGCAAGGAAAUCGGGCCCAAGGAAAUAUUGGCCUGGGUCAAAAUAAUAAUUGGAAUCUUAAUCCCGAAAACCAAAGGCCAUCCAAUAGUCCCCCUGGUUUUCCAAAUGGUAACAUCUUUCCUCAAGAGCAGAGUCCAGUAAAUUGGAAUGUGGCUCAACAGCCUCAAGGCUCCGUUAAUAUACCUCAACAACAAACGAGUCCCCCAAGUUCCACACCUUCUUCCUCGGUGCCCAAUCUCAGUGAAGAGGAGAGAGUCAAUAAACUUAUCAACAGUAUAUUUCAAACUUCCGACAGCCUAAAACCCAAUGACGAAAUGAUCAUAUACACAGUUCCCACGGAACAAAAUUCCAAUCCUCAUGCGCUUUGGCCCAAUACAGAUCAGAUAGAGAUUAUAAAUCCAAACGGAAUGGAAAGCAUUCCAGCGUUACCCAUGCAAAUGGCUCCCACAAUGCCGCUUCUCGAGUCUCAUAUGGAUGUAAAUGAUUUAGAGGCAUCACCUUCGACAACAAAUGUCAUAGUUCAAGAAUAUCAGAUUGAAGAUGCUGCUGCCUCACCUUCCUCAUUUAAUCCCAUACAAACGGUGUAUGAAAAUCUGGUUAAUGCGGGCAUGGAUAUUGUCAAGGCCAAGGCAGAUAAAGUGCAACAUUUGUGGCAAAUGCAUCAGCAGCCAUCAGUACAAGGGCAAUCUCAGACUCCUGUACAACAAACUCAAUUUGGCCCCCAACAGGGUCAAAUCGGGAGACAACCCUCGCAAGUUCAAUUUCAACAGCCUCAAUCUCAAUUGGGGCGUCAAUGGUCUGUGCCAACGCAACAGCUUGGUAAUCAGCCUCAACCUGGACGACAACCUCUGCAAGUCCAACAGCCACCACAAUCGCCACAAAUUCAACAAGCAUCAGCACAACAAUUUGGAAGACAACCCAUUCCAAUCCAACAGCCACCUCGUAAUCCCCCUCUUAAUCGGCACCCAUCAUUGCAAGAACAGCAGCUUCCAGAAAAUUCCCAGUUAACACGUCAACCCUCAACUCACAUUCAAUUUCCUCAUUAUAAUCCACCAGCAAGUCCAAUACAGUCAGUUCAAAACUCCGUAAUAUUUCCAGCACAGCAAUCAUCACAUGUACAAAAUCCCAAUCCAGCAAGCAGUUCCACAACAUUUGGCCAAAAUCCCCCAACUAGUGGACAAUUUCCAAAUAUACAAUCACCACCUGCCAACAUAUUGGACCCAUUUAAGCCUUUCGAAUUUCGACCACCUCCAGAAGAUGAACUCGGCGAUUAUGAUAAUGACAACUCCUUAAGUCCCACAACCACUGUGAAGCCCAUACAGCCCAAUGAAAGGCCAGCGGUUAAAGCCUGCCGACGCAUUGAGAAGGGCCUUACUGCUGGCAUUUCCAAUCAUAUUCUGGGUGGCAUACCCACAGAAUUGGGUGAAUUUCCCCAUAUGGUGGGCAUUGGCUACGGUCGAAUUGGUGACGAUGGUCGCGGCCCCUAUGACAUACGUUGCGGUGGUACACUAAUCGAUGCUCGUUUUGUUUUGACGGCGGCUCAUUGUGUGGCGGCUCGUGACAGCAUUCCCUCUAUAGUUCGCAUGGGUGUGGUGAAUUUCACAGAUCCCAAUGAAAUGGCCAAUGCUGUGGAGAUUAGAAUUAAGGAAACCUUCAUCCACAAUGACUACUCACAACGCCGCACCUACAAUGAUAUAGCUGUCUUGGAAUUGGAACAGCCAGCACCUUUCUCCAGCUACAUAUAUCCCGUAUGCCUGUACACCGAUGAAGCAGACCCCAAGCCCAAUGUGCGCCUGUGGGUCACCGGCUGGGGAACAGUGAAUACUAAGACUCGAACAUUUUCCAAUAUCCUAUUGAAGGCCCCCUUGCAUGUUACGCCUCUGGAGAAAUGUAAUGCCAGUUUCGUGGAUUACGGCUUAACAAGACAGAUCGAUCAGGGUAUUAUAAAAACUCAGUUAUGCGCCGAAGAUGAUCAACAACUCAAGGAUGCUUGCCAAGGUGAUUCGGGAGGACCUUUAAAUUUGGUGGUAGAUGAGUCCUAUUACAACUAUCGUGUGGUGGGUGUUGUAUCCUCCGGAUUCGGUUGUGCCUCUUCCACACCUGGUCUGUAUACCAGAGUGGCAGCUUUCUUAGACUUUGUGGAACAAGUGGUGUGGCCCAAUGGUGGUGACUGAUAACUUGCAAGUAUAACCAAAGACACCAAUCUCUCUGCCAAUCUUAAAAUUCUGUUAAAAAAAAAUAUUUUUCUCCUUUUUUUGUAUAGUGUGAUAAAUCAUUUCCUGUAACUUUAAUUUAAUAUAUAAAAAUAUUGUAAAAUAAAAUAUUAAAAAACAAAGAAAA